GUCGUUGAAGAUAUCUCAGGUCAGCAUGCAAGCCCCGCUGCUUCUCAGUCGUGCAAGGUCGCGCGCGAACAUGGAUCUCCUGCGCGGUGGCUUCGGUCCUUCGGUCGAUCAGGCGCGACUCCUCCACGACGACUCGAAUGAUCUUGUUCUCGAACUGGCCAAGGUGACGGACGACAUCAGGCGCUUGACCGUGUUGCAUAGGCAAAUAUCGCGUCAACUCGGAAUUACUCGAUCCACUCUCGCGCCUAUCCGCCGCCUUCCCGCUGAACUUCUCGUCGAGAUUUUCGUCCACUUCGUUGAAACAUCCUGGACCCGCAAUGACCCCCUCUUGAUCACAACCACUCUGGCUCGCGUCUGUCGCCACUGGCGCGGUAUCGUGUGGAACACGGCACGACUCUGGAGUCAUAUCCAGGCGACAUACGAGCACUCCUCUUCGUCUUCGGUCGAUAUAGCAUCCCGUGCCGUCAAGCAAGCAUCUCUAGCAGCACCAUCUCCCCUCGUCCUGACUGCCGAAGAGAAAGGUCACAAUCUCGAGCCGACCCUCUUGAAACAGCUCCUUGUCCACUUGGGUCCACACACCGCGCGUCUGCGGACAAUAAACUAUCGUGGACGCUGUCCUUCAUUUCCCGAGGACGACAAUAUCAAUCUCUCAGCCCUCCAGACCAUUGACAUCAGCAUACCGAUGCCGUGGCCCAGGGCGAGUCUAACGUUUUUGAGCAGCACGUCUGCACUGAAGCGAUUGAAUCUACGCUUUUGGCCCGAAUCGCUCGGAGUCGACAUGGGCUCGCUCGAGUUGACCACUUUCCCAAUGCUGGAAUACUUGGAAUUCGUAAUCGAAGGUUGCCCUCCGCCGACAGUCCUUGCUUUACUAAGCGCUCACCGGAAGACACUGCUGGGUGUCACAAUCGAAGUGGGCCACUUUGAACAAUGGAUGCCGAGCGCCCUUCCCACCAUGGCUCGCCUGCGCAGUGUCAACCUGGGCGACGAGGGCCAUCGCGUUCUUCGAUGUAUCACCGCGCCCGUGCUGCAAGAAGUUCGUCUAUACAGCAGACGACAGCUUACUAGCGAUCCCUUCCGCUCUCUAUUCGAAUCCUCGUCAAUCUCGACUAUCGGCAGCCUUACACUGGAAGGCCUUGAACCGACAACAUCGUGCAAUUUUCGGGCCUGUUUGAAGCUGCUGCGCGGCCUCCGGACGCUCGACAUUGCAAAAUCGCCGCGUGAAUCUGAAUGCAAGUUAUUGUGCGAGGGUACCCUCGUGCGAUUGACUCUGCGCCAGGACCAAGCACCACGCCUUGUCCAUCUGACGAAGCUCACCCUUACGUAUGGACAGUAUACGCCUACGCAUCCGUCAAGGGUACUUAAGGACUCCAUCCGUUCGAUGCUGGCGUCGCGCAAGGACACCGAACUAUGCGCGUCGCUCGGAGUGGAGAUCCUGCAGAACUUCAACACGGACAUCGACUACAUGACGUGAUCUGACGCGUACAGCUCUGCAAC